AACAAUAUUUUAUUUGUUGACAGUUGAAUUGGACUCCAAUUUAGAACUAGAAGUACUUGCCCAAUAUGAGGAACAUUUAGUGGAACAACUAGAAGAAGUGGAACCGGAAGAAAUAGUAGAAAUGGAUGAAGAAGGCGAAGAUGUCGCUCUAUUCGUGCAAUCUCGCAAAGGACACACGAUACUUCAAUAUGGCGGCCAUAGAUACAGAAAGGCGUACAGGUCUAAACAUGGCAUUAGAUGGAACUGUUCCACAGACAAAGGAUGCCCGGCGUUCCUUUAUCUGAAUGACAAUGAUGAAAUCAUCAUGUCCAAUAAGAUUCACCGGCACAGCCUACCGUUCAAUGAGAAUAUUGACACGGAUCAAACUGAUACUGCAGUCGUCAUCACAUCUCGUAAAGGCAAGGAGAUGCUUCUCUUCCGCCAAUACACCUACCGUCGGCAAUACACCAAACCCAACAGGACACGAUGGGUGUGCUCCACGCUCAAGAACUGCAGGGCUUGUGUCUUCACAGAUGACGAUAACUUCAUCACUUCAGCUUUUGAAGAGCACUGCCAUAAUCCCCCUAAAUAUUACCUUAAACCGGAUCAUGUUCUAGGAGCUAUUAGGGAGCCCCUUGUUGAUAGUUAGAUUAGUAGUAGUAGUAUUAGAUAGGUUAAUUUUAUUAAAUGUUUAUUCUUUGGACGCCUGAAGUCAUCGUGAGUAGUCUUGGCUACGCACAGAAAUUCGAUAAGCGUUAUGGCGUACGCUGUUAUUGUAACCUUUAUACAUUUAAGUAAAAUUAAUGUUGACUCGCUUCCUCCUGUACUGUGAGCGUGUGAGGUGUGAGCAGCGGUUUUGUAAUUAGAUGACGUAGGGCGUUCAAAGUACUAAGAAAAAUCUGGUUAUUUACCGACUAAAAUAACUGUUGUAUUUAAUUCUCAACAUAUUCCUAACGCGCGAAUUAUACAGAGACGGCGUAAGAUGAAGGCGCGGCGCAGGCUUCCUACAUUUUGUAUGUAAACGUUUUAAAGCGGUAUCAUGCCUGCGCCGCGCCCUCUAAUUAAUAUUUAUGUAUAAUUUGCGCCACAUAGUUAACAUUUUGUCGAGUGUAGGUUACUCGACAAAAUAUAAUUGAACCCUAGGGCCCCAUAGAAUCACGUCAAAUUGACAUUGAGGUUUUAGCUUGUAGCUAAGACUCCUUACGAUUUGGUUACAAGCGUCAUUGUCAAAGUUCUAUGGAGCCUGGAUUAUUUGACAAUUGAAAAAAAUACUUAAUUUUAUUUUCUAGUUGUAAGCCGUGCUUGAAAUGCAGUUAUUAAUUUUAUGAAUUUUCGUAUGUAAGAUAUUUUAAACUGUAUAAUCUUGUUACCCGAGGUGUAAUAUUAUACAAUGUAUGGUGUUUGGUUUAAAUUAAGGGGGCAUAAGUAGGUAUGAGGAUUUAUUUUGGAAAUGUCAUCGAAAGUUAAAAUCAAAGAAUGGACCUACUAAAUGAAUGUCUCUUUCGUGUAGUUUUUUACUAAUGCAAAAUUAAGUAAUUUGUGUCUUUUCUUUUUUAAUAAAAUGCAAAAUAUGUUUACCAAAUAAUUCAUAAUUGUCUUAAAUAUCUUAAUAUAAUUUACAACAGCCAAAAA